AACUACCCCCACAGCCAAACCUCCAUAACACCACCAACCAAUACCAAUACCACCCAAACAAGCAGGCAGAAAACCCUAAAAGAAAAAAAGGCAAAAACAAUUCAAGAAUCAAGUCCAACUGUAAUUCUAAACCCGCUCGGAGCAUUUCACAAUAUGGCUUUGGAUUUUGUGGCCACCUACAAAGUGCUCGUCUUGGGCGACUCCAAUGUUGGUAAAACCUGCAUUGUGCACAGAUAUUGCGAUGAGAAGUACUACGACACAUACAUUUCCACCAUUGGCAUUGAUUUCAAACAGAAACUUAUUAAUCUCGAUGGAGUGCCCAUAAAGCUGCAGAUUUGGGAUACAGCUGGUCAGGAACGUUUUCGCACACUAACCACAGCCUAUUAUCGCGGUGCCAUGGGCAUAUUGCUAAUGUACGAUGUGACCAAUCUGGAGAGCUAUAACAAUUUGUCAUAUUGGUUGCGCAACAUUCAGGAGAAUGCUUCCCCCGAUGUGGUCAAAGUGCUCGCCGGCAACAAAUGUGAAUGCUCAACGACACAGCGCAUGGUGGACAAGGAGAGAGGUGAAAAGAUUGCCGAAAACUUUGAUAUGCCAUUUUUUGAAGUAUCAUGCAAAUCGAAUAUUAACAUUGAGGAUGCCUUUUUAUCGCUGGCUCGAAAAAUACGUGAACAACGCGAAAGACGAGGCGACAACUUUGACAACGAUGAUAAACAGGACAAAAAGUCACCGGGUUCCAAUGGAUUGGGCACUUUCAGUUUGGGCAGCCUCUCUGGUGAUAAUCGAUGCACCUGUUAGAUUGAUAGAGAAUCAUCUAUGGAAUGCAUCUUUCGAUCGCAUGAUUAACCUGAACCUGAGUUUGUCCAAUAUCUUUAGGCAGUGCUAGCAACAAGUUCGUGCAUGUCUAAGCCAUAUAACGAUGCAAUUAUGAAAGGAAAUGAAAGAUUUUAAAUGCAUCCAACGGAUGAUGUCAAGAGUGUCAAGUGAAGCCUAAUUAUGAGAACGUACAGAUUGUGCAUUUUUAAGAUAGUCCAAGUAUAGCAUAAAUAUUUUAGCAUAUUCGUGCAGAUACAUAUAUACAAACAUAAUAGUCGCGUCUUGAUUUCCAUAUAACUAAUUAAGCUAAAUAAGUAUAAAAAUAUAUAUAUGAUAAUUAUAACUAUAAAUAUAUAUUGUAAAUUAUGGUUUAGCUAUCUGAAUGUAAGCCGCCUGUAACAAAAGAUUGAUUCAGUUACAAUUACAAACUUUUAAAGUAAAACAAAGCAAAGAUUCAA